AAAAAAAUAAAAAAAAAAAACAAAAAAGGAUAUUCUUUUCUCUGGCUAUCUAGUAAUGAAAAGGACAAUGAUGAAAUUGAGAGGGAGAGCAAAGAAAAUGUGAAGGUUUAUAGAAGCUCAAAAAUAAAAACCAAAAAAUAUUUGGGCAUUUCAAUAUUUUCUAAUCAAUUUUCCAUUUUCUAUUUUCUAUUUUCUGUCUUCUUUAUUAUAAGAGACAUUUUUUCAUUUUGGAAUUUCUUGAAUAAACUCAUACAUUAUUGGACAAAUCAGAGGAAAAUAAUACCAAAAUGAGUAAAAUUUUAAGCUUCAUUUUGUUGGUUUUUUUCCAACAUAAAAAUUGGGUCUUUUUCAUUGAUGCUAGAUCAAUUUCCCCUGUUUCAGCUCCUCUAUACUCACCUUUAACCUCUCCUAAUCUUCCUUCAAUGGCGGUUUUUUCUCCAGGAUUUCAAGUGGGUGGUGAAGAAACUAAUAUGAAUUCAAACAGCAGAUUAAGAGUAGCCCUAAUCCUUGCCUGUGCUUCAGUUGGUGUUGUUAUUUUAUCUUUGAUUUCUUUGUGGAUUUAUCAUAGGAAGAAAUUAGGUAAACCAACAAAGAAUCAUGCAAGGAAUUUAGAUUUUGUUAGUAGAUUUUCACUUAAUCAAUCAAAAAAUGGCUUGAAUUCAUUGAAAUUGAAUGGAAAAUUAAGUGGGUUUAUCUCUAAUAUGGAUUAUAAGCUACUAGAGGCGGCGACCGGUAAUUUUGAUGAGAGUAAUGUGUUGGGUGUUGGUGGUUUUGGGUGUGUAUACAAGGCUAAGCUUGAUAGUGAUUGUUAUGUUGCUGUCAAGAAGAUCAAUGGAGGUCACCAAGAAGCUGAAAAAGAAUUUGAGAAUGAGAUUGAUUUAUUAAGUAAUAUCCGGCAUCAUAAUAUCAUAGCUCUAUUGGGUUAUUGCAUUCAUGGUGAUACAAGAUUUCUUGUGUAUGAGCUUAUGGAAAAUGGAUGCUUGGAAACUCAGUUGCACGGUGCUUCUCGAGGUUCAGCUUUAACAUGGCAUAUCCGAAUGAAAAUCGCUCUUGAUAUUGCGAGAGGUUUAGAAUAUCUACAUGAGCAUUGUAACCCUCCAGUCAUUCAUAGAGAUCUGAAAUCAUCUAAUAUUCUUCUGGAUUCCGAGUUUAACGCUAAGCUUUCGGAUUUUGGCCUCGCUAUAACAAACGGGCCGCAUAUCAAGAACAAUAUUAAGCUCUCGGGAACCUUAGGAUAUGUUGCACCCGAGUAUCUUCUAGACGGCAAAUUGACUGAUAAAAGCGAUGUUUAUGCGUUUGGGGUGGUGCUUUUAGAGCUUCUCCUUGGAAGAAAACCGGUUGAAAAACUAUCUCCGUCUCAGUGUCAAUCCAUUGUGACUUGGGCGAUGCCUCAAUUGACGGACAGAACAAAGCUUCCAAACAUCGUUGAUCCUGUGAUUCGAGACACCAUGGAUCCGAAGCAUCUAUACCAAGUUGCAGCUGUGGCGGUAUUAUGCGUACAACCCGAGCCAAGUUACCGUCCAUUGAUUAUCGACGUUUUACACUCACUUGUUCCUCUAGUUCCAGUUGAACUCGGAGGUACACUUAGAGUUAACCAGCGUGCUAAUUCAAAGACAUCAGCAGCGAGUCUGGAGCAGCAAACCGUUUAGGAGGUUGAAUUCUUCUGCGCAAUUUAUGUUUGCCAUAACACAAUUUUGGAAAUUCCAUUUGCAUCUCCUACUUGUUUCCUAUGUCGUCAAGCUCUUCUCCCCCUUCAAUUUCCUGCGUUUUUUCUCGAUUUAUUGUAAAGUACAUAUAUGUCGUUUUGAGGUUCAGAUUGUCUCUUGGUUUAGUUAUCGGGUUUGUAAAUUGGCACACCGCACACGUACUAAUGUUGAAUUUGUAGCACUUGUGUAUAGAAAAAUACAGUUCAAAGUACAUAA